AUGCUACGAACCAUUGGGGGCUUAUUAGGGUUGUCGAGAUGUAGAUGCUUAUGGAGAUGUGCAGCGGUGCAUCCUGAUGAACUAAGAUUCCAUUUUGAGAAACCCGAUUCUGUAAGGAUACUUAGCAGCAAACUCAAUAUGGAUCGAAAAUUUAGUAUGUUCAGUGCAAAUAAUGAUGAAAAUAAAGAAUCACUGGAUAGUUCGGAAUGCAUACAAAUGGUACGGCUGUGUUCGGAACUGCAUCUACAAUGCAGAACGUACCUCACAAUUAUUCGAACUAAUCUCGAAAUAGAUGAUGAAAAUACCGAAAGUUCUCAGUCGGAAAGCGAUAUCGUUUGUGCCUUAAAAAAACUUCAUGCUCUGUUGAACUCGGGCUUUUCUUCAAGGAUUAAAUAUUUGUAUUCGAUAGCAGGUGAUUAUGAUUUCGGCUCUUUGCGGGCGAAUGGCAUCCGAAGCUUUUUGGCCAUCACUACGAGAUGCUCUGCUAUUCUGCUGAUGUACAUUCGGCAAAUGAGUUCAUAUUCCCUUUCCAACUGGUCUGGUAUAACACAUAAAAGCGUGAUAGCAUAUAUCAAUUGCCUUAUGGAGCUCAGCCUGUGUCUUGAAGUUCUUAGUUAUCUACCACGUUUCACUAAACCUUGUACGCUUUUCCCUCGAUCUGAGUUCGUCGAUUUGCCGGAAAUUGGACAUUGUGAUGUAAGCAGUUUUGAUGACAAACCGACAAAUAUUACCGAUGCAUAUUCUACUGUCAAAUCAAAACAGCAUCAAGAAGAUCUUUCAGAGUUCUACCGACUAGAAGUCCUAUCAGACAGUAUAAAACAAGAAUAUUUUUAUGGUCGUUGUCUAGCCUUUUACUUAUGCCCUAGUGCUCAGAGAAUUUUGCUGUUCCUCAAUUCGUUUAUGGUGGGAUAUGGUAAUAGCUUUUCGACUAGCAAACAAGGAAUUGUCAGCUUAGUCAACACAGUUUAUCGGUCCGUUACUUCUUACUUAUCCCCUGAAGACCGCGGCAAGAUGCUGGCAAAGCUUACACGAAAUUCCAGUGUUCAAUUUUGUAAAGCAUUUUGGAAUUUAGCAGAGUUACGUGUAGUAUCUGAAGCCCCCAAUGUAAUUCUACCUUCCAUGGCUGUAGCUCGCUCUUUCAAAUUACAAACAAAAUCGCUAAAAAUACCUCUAGAUAUGAGUAUUCGAGAAAACGGAAGAGAAUUCAUUGUAAUAGAACCACCAAAAUCACAUUUUGGCACUGCUCCACUAGGAAUGCGUAUAUUAUGUCGUCAUCUUAGAUCUGGUUUAGAAUGGACUCGGACGUCUGAAUCUCCUAAUUUUUUUGAAUCGCCUAACUGUAUAAAUCAAUCAAAUCAUCACUCAAGCAAAAAUUCAGUAUCACCAUUACUAUCGUACAAUUCACGAUUCUUUCCAUCCAACGAUUCGUCAUCUGUUGUUUUAUCAAGUUCAAAUGAUCGUCGUUAUUCGUACGAAAGUUUUAAAUUUUCAAACACUUCAACUGAUAAUAAUACAAAUAAAUCACCUUAUGUAUUGUUUUAUGUACACGGUGGUGGAUUUAUUGCUUUAACAUCUCAGUCACAGGAUAACUUUCUACGUAUAUGGGCCGAACAGUUGAACUGUCCAAUUAUAGCUGUUGAUUAUUCACUUUCACCUGAAGCGCCUUAUCCACGUGCAUUAGAAGAAUGUUAUUAUGCCUAUUGUUGGAUAACAUUAAAUCGUGAAAAAUUAGGUUGUACAUCAGAUGCGAAAAUUGUUCUUGCUGGUGAUUCUGCUGGUGGGAAUCUGGCACUGGGUGUUUGUAUGCGCGCUGUACGAGAUGGCUUACUUAAUAAACCAAAUGGGAUAUUUUUGGCUUAUACGCCUGUAUUGGUUUCUUUUACACCAUCUCCUUCAAGAUUAUUAUCACUUUGUGAUCCCCUGCUUCCUAUUGGUGUUCUUGCUAAGUGUUUAUUGGCUUAUGCUGGUAUAGACGAAGCAACAUUGAAUUCUGAUGAACUUGAUGAUUUCGAAGUUGAUAAAAAUCCUUCAAACUUAACAACUGAAUCAAAUUCCCCAAUAUGGUCUCGAUUAUUUUCAACACUUUGGUCUAAUCCAUCGAAAUCAGAUUUAAAUAAUUCUAAAGAGUUAAAAAUUGAACAUUUACGUCGAUAUUCAAACAUAACAAUGUCUUCUUUUUAUGAUGCUUAUUUGAAAAAUCCAAAAGAUCAAUCUGUGCCUUCUAAUUUAUGUCGGUUAAGUGAAGAAUCUCACUCCUCACAUAAAUCCCCAAAGUUAAAUAAAUCAGAGAAAGAAAAAAACCCAAGCCAUAAUGAGGAUGAAUGUACACCAAUAUUGAAGCAUCCACAUCGACCCCGAACUGAUUUGAACCGUAUUCGAAAUAUUCAUUUAAUUCAGAAUGGAUUCAUGUCACCGUACUUAGCCUCAGAUGAUAUGCUACGUGGAUUACCUCCUGUUGUUUUUGUCUGUUCACAAUUCGACCCAUUUUUGGAUGAUGGACUAGAGUUAGCUAAACGUCUUUCUAAACUUGAUGUCUCAGUAGAUGUACGUGUCUUAGACAAUUUACCUCAUGCAUUUCUUAAUUUUUGUCUAUUGGGUCCAGAAUUCCAAAUUGCUAAUAAGAUUUGUAUUGAAUUAGUAAAAAAUUUAUUCAAUGAAUAUUAUACAAAAAAUAAUGAAUAA